ACAGGACUACAAGGAUAGGCUUGGAAAUUGCUAGGUGUGGAGCCUUGGUGCUGACCUUCCAGGAACAGCUACUCUUUCGGUUCCUCAAUUGAGAAGAGGGGGGCGGCGCAUUGCCAUGAAACAGCUGGGACACGGGCAGGAAUCUGCAAGCAGAGAGUUUCUUCCAUCUGUACCCAGUUGUCUUCAGCAUGGAGGAACAGAACCACUCUCCUGGAAAGGAGCUGCAGCAUAGGACACGAGCGGAGUCUCCAGGAAAGAAGAGCUGGCACUCCCAGGCCUAUGCCCUUGGGGCCGUUUCCAACUUUAUGUCUACUUUUCUGACUUUCCCUAUCUAUAAGGUUGUGUUCCGGCAACAGAUCCAUGCCGUGGCGGUGUCAGAGGCUGUGCGACAGCUUUGGCAUGAAGGCCCUCAAUACUUCUACCGGGGAAUAUACCCGCCUCUUCUCUCCAAGACAUUGCAAGGGACUCUGUUGUUUGGGACUUAUGAUAGCCUGCUGUGUUCUCUCUCUCCUGUUGGGCCACACUCCCUGAGACACCGCUGGGCUGCAGGGCUCAUGUCUGGUGUGGUGGAGGCUGUGGCACUGAGCCCCUUUGAAAGAGUGCAAAAUGUGCUCCAGGAUGGUCGCAAGCAAGCCCGCUUCCCCAGCACCGUCAGCAUUCUCAAGGAAUUCAACUCUUAUGGGCUUUGGGGGCGGCUGUCACUGGGCUACUAUCGUGGUUUCUGGCCUGUCCUUCUCAGGAACAGCCUGGGGAGUGCUCUGUAUUUUUCCUUCAAGGACCCCAUCCAGGAUGGCUUGGCAGAGCAAGGUCUGCCCCAUUGGGUUCCUGCCUUAGUGUCUGGGAGUGUCAAUGGAACGAUCACCUGCCUAGUUCUGUAUCCUCUGAUUGUGCUGGUGGCCAAUAUGCAGUCCCAUGUUGGCUGGCAGAGCAUGCCAAGCCUGUGGGCCUCUGCUCAGGACGUGUGGGACACUCGGGGCCGAAAGGUGUUCCUGAUCUACCGGGGAGGCUCCCUUGUCAUCCUAAGGUCCAGCGUGACAUGGGGCCUCACUACGGCUAUCCAUGACUUCCUGCAGAGGAGGUCUCAUUCCAGGAAAGAGCUGAAAGACUGACUAGCUGCAGGAAGUGUGGCUAUGGCAACUUUGUUAACCUAAGCCUUCCCAGGUCGGUCUAAAUAGCUUACUUCUUUGGCUUGGUUACCUGAUACAACCAUUCUUUAGUGUCUUUGAACUGCCAGUGCAUGGGAGAAGUUCCCAGCUACCAGCCUGUUGGGCACAGACAAAGCCCAACAGAGUUCCUUGGUCAGAAAGAGAAAGUCACUCUGGUCUGUCCACAGUUUCAACAGCCGCGGACCAAGGAGGCCCUUAAAAAACUUGUAACCCUGAUGAAAUAUCAUUCCUUUAAGGAGUUCCUUGACAGUAAGAGGAACUGUUGAAAGAUGACCUUAGUUAGCCACUGUGAGUUCUGGGAUCCCUCCAGUUGUCCUUUGGACCAAACUUAGUGGAGGACCAGGGACUCCAGUGUCAAAGAACUAAGCUUGACGCUUAGGAUGUGGAUUCCAUAGAACUUCUCAGAUGGCUACAUUUCCACAAUAUUGUUCACUAUUUCUACCACCACCACUCUCACUUCUCAGGGCUGUGGGCUCUAGUUUCAGUCAGGCUGGCAGCUGGGGCUAGAAACCCUAAAUUAUACUUGCCUCAACUGAUCAGAUGUCACAGGAACUGAUGGGACUGGAUAUAGGAGUGGGAAGAAGUGUUGUCACGGGGCGCCUGGGUGGCUCAGUCGUUAAGUGUCUGCCUUUGGCUCAGGUCAUGAUCCCAGGGUCCUGGGAUCG